CCGGGUUCAGGUGAAAAGGGUGCGUGCCGCGUUUCUCUCCUAUGAAGUGUCUGUUUUCCCCCAUAACUCACUCUUUACGACGAUGGCUGUGAACCAUGAUUCAUGCACGUAAAAAAUGUGGAUUUACUGUGGACUGGUUCUUUUGGCCACGGCCUUUUACCACCAUGUGCUCGCCGCCGCAACCGUCUCGUCUAAAAGAGUUUCAGAUGAAUUGCCUUGGAAAAUAUGGGACAACCAGAAAGCCGAUUACACACUGGAUGAAUCAUUUUGGAUCGAGGAAAGCCCGGCCGGUGAGGUGGAAAGACUGCUGCGCGAGUACACCCAGAACCAGGAGAUGGUACGGAACAUCGGGUCGCACUACUACCAGAUCAUAUAUCCGGUGCAGUUGCGACAGCACAAGAAAAUGGGCAUUUCAACCAGGGAGAUAGGGUCGUCUAAGGUACG